CUUGACCACCUCGGGCCCCACAAUUGACCAGCAUUUCUGGAUGAACAAGGGGUUCAGCCCAUCCCUUCAUGAAGCUUUUCUGAUCAAUACAUAUCGAUUAUCUUUUGUAAAAAAAAAAAAAAAAAAAAAAAGCAAAGUGGGAACUACAUAUAACAUAUUACAUAACCCUCCCGCCCAGCUUCAAUUCCCACGUGGGCGCAUCUCGGCCAAUAUCGAUCACCUGAAAACCUCGCCACAUUGGAGCGGCGAGAGGCGAUACCGCUUGCGUUCUUCUGUUCCCCAAUGACACCACGAGCAGUUUUCAUUUCGCUACAGUAGUCGUUCACAGUGUUAAUAGCGGGUGAGAAUAUUAUUGGAAGGACAAUGAAUCUAGGAUUCCUUCAUCUCCAGAAGCUCGCCCUCGAACUCAAAUGCCCUCUCUGCUUAAACUUUCUGAAGAAACCACAUAUACUGCCAUGUGAUCACAUUUUCUGCGGGUCGUGCCUACCCAAAUCCAAACAGCUGGGUCCAGAAUGCCCUUACUGUAAGGUUCCCUGCGCUGAUGAAGAUAGUAGGCACCUGCCCUUCAUCGAGAACCUUGUGACGAUCUACAAAGGACUGGAUGCAGCUUUUCAUGCCACUGCAGUGCAGUCGGUUGGUUCUGGUCCCCAGGGUUUAGGCAGCAAAGAUGAAUCUCUGAAAGCUAGCUUCAACCACAGCAUUCAAGUGAGAAAUUGCUCAUUUUCACCAAUGAGCAAGACAUCCGAUCCUGUUCCAUCAACUCCUGUUGGAAGUGUGGGUAAAGAGAAAGGCAUGUCAGAUAAAUGUAGUUUGCCUAGGGGCUUAAAAGAUAACAACGAAAAUGUGGUCGAGGAUGGUGGGCGCAAAGAUAAACCAAAUGCCCAGUCUCCGCUGGUAGAUUCUCAGACAGGCACUCAGUCGUUGAAAGAGUAUGGAACUAGGACUCAUGUAGACCAGUUGUCACUUGGUAGUCCUUCAUUUGGUGACCUCAAGGUUUCUGAUGAUGGUAGUAAUGAUCAAGGUGGUAAUGAUACUCCACAAAAUCAUGCCAUGCCAUUGGUCAAGCAAAGUUCUGUUGACAAUAGGGGUGUGCAAUGGUCCGGUCCGUACCGGACCACACCGGACCAAACCGUUGUUAAGACCGGACCGGACCAGACCGAGUAAAAUACGGUCCGGUCCUUGGUCCUAAUGAAUUUUAUAAUUACUGAAGAAAUGGUGGACCGAGCUCAUAUUUGGACCGGACCAAACCGGACCAAAUGGACCGAAUGCAAGAAUGGUCCGGUCCUUGGUCCUAACAUGUCUUUCACUAAUGGACCGCGGUUCUCAUGAGUUUGGUCCGGUCCGGACCGAACCGAAUCGUUGCACACCCCUAGUUGACAAUCAACGACUUGGGGUACAUGGCAGUCCUCCUUUUGGCACUUCUGAAGAGCAUCUGACGAAUUCUAAGAGACAAAAGUUGAACUAUGGUUCCAAAGAUACAAGUUUGCCUAAUGCCGGUCGUUUUGAGGCAAGGGGUUCUCAAGCUGAAAAACUGGUAAUAUCUCGUGUUCGCAAUCCUGCAGCAUCAAAUCAGCUCCCUGCAACCAUAAAUGUUUGUGGAUUUUCUCAGUCCUCUAGCGUCUCACAGGUCAGUGCUCUUUUCAUUUGUAGUCAAGGUUGUCAAUCCGCGGGUCAACCCGGAUCUAGUCGAGCUAGUGGAUUAUGGGUUAAUGGAUCACCUGUUUUAGCAUGGGUUAGCCUGGUUUAGCCCAAAAACGUUAUAAUUAAUUUCAUAUAUAAAUUUAUUAUAUAUAAAAUUUUAAAUUAAUUAUAACAUAUAACAUUACACCAAAAUAAUAAUUCGCACAAAAAUUUAUCCUAUAAUGAAAACAAACGCACUUAAAUACACCAUAUCAUAUGAUAUCAGUAUAUUUGCGAUAUCAUAUGAUAUCAGUAUGUUUAUGAUUUUCGUAUUCAAAUGUAAAAUUUUGAAUAAUUAAAUGACUUGUAUAAACCUGCAAAAUAAAAUGAUUUAUUAAAUAAACAACACAAGAAAAAUGGGGAGUUGGAAAGCCACUUAAUCAUCAAAGCCAAAAUUAAUGAAGUAGAAUUAUAAAAAAUAUCAAAUUUGAUUAAGUAAUAAGUAGAGAACAAUAAUUAAAUGAUAAAAAUUAACCCUCAAAAGCAUUGCAUCCAUCUGUUAGUAUUUAUCAAGGUUGUCAAACCGGUUUAUGCCAAUAUGCCGGUUUAGCAAGUGGAAUGGUUCAACCGGUGGCACAUAUCGGCGGUCAAUAUUACAAAUAAAAUUGUAAAUACUCGUAUUUAAACAUGACAUUUAACGUCAAUACCUAAACAUUUAUACUUGAAUCCAACAAAUAACAUCAAUAUUUAAUUUUUAUACUCAUAAAAUAAAAAAUAAAAUAAUUUUUAUCAAUUAAAUUCUCUAAAAUAAUGUCAUUUUACUUAGAGAUUCGUAUAUCGAUCAUGCCGGUCAUACCGGUGGUGUCACGCCGAUUUUAUGACCGGUACCGGUUGAACCCCGUACAAUCGGUGGCACGCCGACCGACGUGACAACCAUGGUAUUUAUUUAUGAAUUGGGUGGGGUCCCUCAUGUCCACUUUCACAUGGACCAAGAAUGAAAAGCACUAUCAGAUAGAAAUCUGGGAACCGCUGUUGGGGGUUGACCCGCCCGGGUUUGUCAGGUGUUGACCGGGUUAAAAUGGUUUGACCAUUACGAGUCAUUUGUUAAACGGGUGUAUGUGGGCCGUUUUUGUUACUGGGUCCGGUCAACCCGCGGGUUGACAACCUUGUUUGUAGUGCAUUCUAUAUACAACACUUUUUGUUCGGAUUAAAAAACAUUAUUUUAGUUUUUGCUCAAUGUUGGCAAUAGCCAGAUGGAGGUGAAGAGGAGUGGGGUCCUAGAACUCACUUGGAAAGUAGAUCAUGAUUGUAUACAAGUAGAUAAUUACUUAAUGUGGAUAGGUUUCGACGUCAGGUAGGGGUGGGCACUCGGUUCGGUAAACUCGAACCGAGUUUAAACCGAACCGAAAUUGAACUAUUGUUAUUCGGUUCGGAAUUUAGAAAGAAAAUCUGUAUAAUUCG